AGCCCAGUUACUUAGUCACAUUGUUCUUUGCUCUCCCUUACUCAAUCUCUCUGUAAACCCUAGAAAUAUAAUCAACCUCGUUCUGAUCGGAGAUCGGAGGAGAGUAGGAAUUCCGUUUCAAUCAUUGGCUGGUUAACACAAUUACUUCAGCUAAUUGAGGAAUUCAAAAUGGUGUUCGGGCAAGUUGUGAUCGGUCCACCUGGCUCGGGAAAAACCACCUACUGCAAUGGCAUGUCUCAGUUCUUGCAACUCAUCGGAAGGAAGGUUGCUAUUAUCAAUCUUGAUCCUGCUAAUGAUUCGCUGCCAUAUGAAUGUGCCAUUAACAUUGAAGAUCUUAUAAAACUGAGUGAUGUGAUGACAGAGCAUUCCCUUGGUCCUAAUGGAGGACUGGUGUAUUGUAUGGAUUAUCUAGAAAAGAAUAUCGAUUGGUUAGAAGCAAAAUUGGUACCUCUAUUGAAAGAUCACUAUCUUCUUUUUGAUUUCCCUGGCCAAGUAGAGUUAUUUUUUCUCCAUGCCAAUGCCAAGAAUGUUAUCACGAAACUCAUAAAAAGCUUAAACCUUCGGUUGACUGCUAUGCAUUUAGUUGAUGCCCAUCUCUGCAGCGAUCCCGGGAAAUAUGUUAGCGCGUUGCUUCUUUCUUUAUCGACGAUGCUCCAUAUGGAAUUGCCACACAUUAAUGUUCUGUCAAAGAUUGAUUUAAUAGAGAAUUAUGGAAAGCUAGCCUUUAACUUGGAUUUCUAUACUGAUGUUCUAGAUUUAUCGUACUUGCAACACCAUCUCGAUCAAGAUCCACGUUCGGCUAAGUAUAGAAAGCUUACCAAGGAGCUCUGCGAAGUGAUAGACAACUACAGUAUCGUCAACUUUACAACCCUCGAUAUCCAGGAUAAAGAAAGCGUAGGGAAUCUAGUGAAGCUCAUAGACAAAAGCAAUGGAUACAUUUUCGCCGGAAUAGAAGCAAGUGCAGUUGAAUUUAGCAAGAUUGCUAUCGGUCCCACUGAUUGGGAUUAUUACAGAGUUGCAGCAGUGCAAGAAAAGUAUAUGAAGGAUGAUGAAGAUUUUGAUCGAAACAAUUGAUAUCGGGUAAAUUUUAAAAGCUCCAUUUUGUGUAAGAAAGAUUGUGCUUAUUGAUUUGAUACAAUUUUGGUUACAUGUGAAUGUGAUUAGAGGUGUAUUGAGGAAAUGAAGUGAAGAAUUAUGAGUCUAACUAAUUAUAGAGUUUGUAGCCUUUGAUUGGAUCAAUUUACUAGUUAAAAUAGUUAUUAUGAGUUUUGUAAAGGAAAAAAUUUUAAACUUUUAUUUUUAGAAUAUUGUGAUAUUUUUCUUUUGCUUGAAA